UAUUGUAUACGCUAUGACGCAGUUGACGCUCGCUGCUGCCGGUUCUCUUUGAUUCACUCGCAUGCAUUCUAUCUCCAGCCUUUAGGCUCAUACGGGCUCAACACACGUCUCCGUGACAAGGCAAAAAACUCGGUUUAUUAAACCAAUUUAAUGUCUGACUGCAAGAAAAUACCCAUAGUCUUCCGUAAUAUACGUACACUAAAGAUAAUUUGAUCACCCAGAUAGUCAAAUACGUGAAGUAGUCUAUCAAAACGGAACGUUCAAUCUUCAAAUGUAGACCAAACGGGUGACAGAUGUCACAUUUGCGUCAGGUUCCGCAGAUUUGCGGCAGGUGCGGAGGCAGCUCGUAAGACAGGUGCCGCUCUUGUUACGUUGACUCUUGUUCAUCUCUGCCUCUAUACGUUAGGUUAUUGUCUGGACAAGGACACCUUACGUAUCUGUGGCAGUUGUUAAAAAAAACGAAAAUGGUUAAACACAUGAGACAGCAGAGCGUGUUGAACUCCGAUGAUGUGCUUUCGGAGUCGGAAGCGUCGUUGGACCAACGGGAUUGUAGCGAGAUGUCUGAAUAUUCUUUCAACAAUGUCCUAUACUCUGAAUGUUCCGCAAUGGACCAAAUCGACACUUUUAUGAAAAACGUCCAGGUGUUGCUGGAUGCAGCAAAUUACAUUGAGAACAAUGAAAGGAACAACGGAAAAUCCGAACAUGGAUAUGCCUCAACAUACCCUGCCACUCAGAACACACAUCAACGGAAAUUCAAGAGUAAGAAAAUUGACAAUAUUCACAACAGGUCAGCACACAAUGAGCUGGAAAAAAAUAGGCGAGCACAUCUCCGCCUGUGUUUGGAGAGACUGAAGACACUGAUCCCACUGGGUCCAGACUGCAGUCGGCACACUACUCUAGGAUUGCUUAACAAAGCCAAGGGGCACAUAAAGAAAUUAGAGGAGAUGGACCGGAGAAGUCAGCACCAGCUGGAGACUCUGGAGCGUGAGCAGAGGCACCUGCAGAGGCAGCUGGCUCAUCUGCAGGCCCCUGGAGGUGAAGACAAGGACAUGGUUCUGAUGGACAGAACACUCCCUGUAGCCUCCGAACACUCAGACUCAGGCCAAGAUGCAGAAGAGAUUGAUGUGGACGUGGAAAGCACAGAGUUCUCUCAUGGAGAGCUAGACAGCAUCAGCGCUUGCAGUGACUUAGACGACCACAACAGUCGACAGAGCUUGGCCAGCGACGAGGGCUAUUCCACCUGCAGUCUAAAACUGGCCUUUUCAUCCUAAGAUCCAGCCUGAAGCUCUUCAUCCAACAUUUGCAACCAAAACUGGCCUUCUCUUAAGAACCAGCCUAAACCAUUCCAUCUGCAGUCUUUAACUGGUCCUCUACUAAGAAGUCCUCAUGCAGUCUAAAACUGAACUCACCUAAGAACUGGCCUGAAUCUCAAGUGUCUUUAGUUAACUGGUCCUUUACUCUUAUGAACUAGCUCAACUAGUCCAUCUCCUGAAGUUUAAAACUGAACCUCUCCUCUUAAGAACCAGCCUAAAAAACAAUGACUUAGUCAAAACCAACCAGCUAAAAACGAAACAUCAUCGGCAUAAAAGUGAACACAUCCCACUACAGCUGUAUACUGUAUUUUGCUUCAAAUGUGAGCAACUGUGUUUACAGUCUGUUACCGGUCUGCUCCUAAAACCAGCACAAAAACACAAAUAAAACCAGCCAAAAGCACACCAGACUGUGGGCAAUGUUCUUCCCACAUUGGAAUUCUCUAACUGUGACCAUCUGGAAAGACAAACUGCUGUCAUGUUACGAGGCCUGUAUUUGCACUCAAAACUGGUUCUCUAAUCCAGUACCUAGAGUCUGUAGCUGAAUUAUACCCCAAAUCCUUGACACAUGCCACCAAAUGUUAUUCCUAAUUUAUGUGAGUAACUCCAUUUAAUUUUUCCAGUAUUUAAUGUCUGUCUUUGUCACACUUGAAUUUUGAAACAAAUGACAAUAUUUGAUGUUUUGAGAACAGUCAAAUUUUAUUUUAUCCCAGACAAAAGCUAAUGCAAUGGUACAUGCCAGGCUAAAUAUCUCACUGAUCCCCUUAAGAUUUUUAAAGUAUGUUUGUUUGUAGGCAGAUAUAAGCCAUCCCAUACUUCCCAAUCACAAUCCUGAAGCAAUAACACAGUGCUAUUAAAGUCCGCUCCUAAGUUGGCAGUUAAUGGCACAAUUGUCCAAACAGAAAUUUGGAACAAAAAUAAUGGUGAAUGUGUAUUGAAAGAUUUCUCAUGCUUUGGAUUGACCUGGUUUAAAAGCUUACGUCUUCGUAGCAUGUAUAACACAAAAGCACAUGACAGACUUUAAUUAUUGUAUUUCUUUUUUACUUGUGUUGCAUUAUAGCGGAAUAGCAUUCCAAAGUAAAAACCCUAAAGCUGAAAAUACUGAUUAUUUAUUAAACACAAUUGCACUGCAAGACUAAUCAUUCCACUAACCAAAUUGUAUGUCAUCUGAUGACCAUAUUUAUAUUUGUGGUACAACUAUAUAAUCACCACCAACUGUGUCUUAACAUGGCUUAAUUGAAUCUUGCACAGGUUUCUUAAUUCAAAGUCUUUAUUCAAUGUGAGUGCUGGAUAAUUUGUAAAAUGCACAAUGAAAAAGACUAAAAAAAGAACAAUACUGUGCCAAAUCAGCCAUCAAAGGUAACUUUUACAAAUGAAAAGUUGCUGAUCCCCUGCUACUAUUUUGUGAUUCCUGUUAACUUGAUGAAUAAAC